GACUUCCGGACUCUCUGCCUGUGUCGACAGGAGGAAGAAGAGGCAGAGGAGGAGGACUUGCAAGCUGCCGUUGAGCGUCCUGAAGCGGGCUCGAGGCCAUGACGAAGCCGCCCCUCCGUUAACUGGCAGCUUGGGUGCGCGGCGGCGAAGGGACGCCAUGCGGCCCCCCCUCCGCCACUGGAAAGGCGUCAACGUUUCCCGCCAGCACGGCUGAUCGGGGUCCAGCAUGAGAACGCUGAAUGAAAACAAGGAGGGGGGCGCGGGGGAGGAGAACAAUGUGAAAGCAGGGCAGCUGUGGCGGGACGCCGCCCUCCGCUCCAGGAAGCUCCGUAGCGACCUGCGCAAGCUGACCCUGUGCUCCAAAGACCAGGACCUGUCCCAGAUCGAGGCCCUCAACCUGGGCAACAACUUCCUCCAUGAGCUGCCUGAAGGUCUGGCGUCCGGCCUCAGCAACCUGCGCGUGCUGGUUCUCCGCAGGAACCACUUCGCCACCAUCCCGCAGGCGGUGUUCGAGCUCCGGCAACUGGUGGAACUGGACCUGAGCUACAACCGGCUGAGAGGCGUGGCGGAGGGCGUGGCCCAUUUGAGCGUGCUCAAGAAGCUGUGCGUUAGUCACAACAACAUCCAGCAGCUGCCCGAGCACAUCUCAGCUCUGAAGCUUCUGGAGGAGCUGGACAUCAGCUUUAACCACCUUCACAGCAUACCCGCCUCCUUCGGCCGCCUGGCCAGGCUGCGCACGCUGGACGUGGACCACAACAAGCUGAGACGCUUCCCCCCUGAGAUCCUGGCGCUUGGCGACUUGGAGGAACUGGAUUGCUCGUGCAACAUGUUUGAGGUUUUGCCAGAAGACGUGGCCAAGCUGAAAAGUGUCAAAAUCUUGUGGCUGAGCAGUCUCCACCUCCGAUCUUUACCUGACACCUUCUGCCACCUGCAGCACCUGGAGAGCCUGAUGCUGGACGGGAACCACCUGACAGUGCUGUCCCCCACCUUUGGCAACCUGCAAAGACUCAGGAUGGUCAACUUGUCCUCCAACGAGCUGGCAGGCUUCCCCAUGGUUCUUCUGAGCAUUUUGGGAUUGGAGGAGCUUUAUCUGAGCAGGAAUAAACUCACACAUGUGCCGCAGGAAAUCGGGCAGUUGCAGAAUCUGGCCAAUCUGUGGCUGGACAACAACGCCAUCACAUAUCUGCCAAACUCACUGGUGGACCUGGUGAAGCUGGAGGAGCUGGUUCUCCAAGGGAACCAGAUCGCCAUCCUUCCUGAUCAUUUUGGAAAGCUGUCCAAGGUGAACAUUUGGAAGGUGAAGGACAACCCUCUCAUCCAGCCCCCGUAUGAGGUGUGCAUGAAAGGGAUCCCGCACAUCGCCACGUAUCAGGAGGAGUUGGCGCACUCACAGCUCGCCGCGAAGCCCAGACUCAAACUGGUUCUGAUGGGCCUGAAGGGGGCCGGGAAGACGCAGCUGCAGCAGAGCGUUCUGAGCGGCCGACAUGACAGCCAAGGAGUCAAGGGAGGCGAUGGAAUCCAAGUCGCCAGCUGGGUAGCGGAUGGCGGCCUCACGUUCCUCGUGUACGACCUGUCGGGCAAGCAGAACCUAGACCUCAUUAAAGCCUUUUUCCUUUCCCCCGGCGCUCUCUACAUCCUGGUGGUCAACCUCAAAGCGUAUUCGCCUUGUCGCUUCUACGCCCACGUUGGCUACUUCCUUCACCUCCUGGGUGCCAAGGCGCCCCGUGCUGUCGUCUUAUUGGUGGGCACGCACGCCGACCUGUGUGGGGAGGCGGAACUGGAGGAGAAGAGGCUAGACAUCCACCGGCAGGUCGGCUUGCAGCGAAUGAGGGACACCCAGGUUCUGGUCAGUCUGGCGCUGAACGUGGACCAGGCCCUUCAGCAGGGCUUCGCUGCGCGCACCUCGAACCCCCACAACCCCUUCUAUGCCGUCUCUGACAGUAAUCUGUGGCAGAAGAGGGCACGGCUCCAGUUCCUGCUGAACCACCGCCUCCAGAUCCUGUCUCCGGUGCUGAGCGUCAGCACGCAGACGCAGACCAACAUCCAGCGCUUGAGGGAGAAACUGACGUUUGUUGUCAAGCACAAGGACAUCUUCCCCAACCUCCACCGAGUGUUGCCCAGGUCCUGGCAGAUGCUGGAGGAGCUGUACCCCAAGUCAGAAGACUUGUGGCUCUCAUGGUUGGAUGCGGCCCACCUCGGCCACCAGGCGGGGCUUACGGAGGAGAACCUGCAGAGCGCCUUGUCCUACCUGCAUGAGAGCGGCCAGCUGCUCUACUUUGAGGACAACCCCGCCCUGAAGGAUUACGUCUUUCACAACAUUUCGCGCUUCAUCGCCGUCCUCAACGUCUUCUUCCAAAGGGACGAACUCGCCCUGCUGGACUGCCAGGUCUCUGACGCCGAGGCGGGGAAGGAGGAGGAAGAGAACCUCAGGGUGGUGCGGCUGCAGCGUCACUUGGAGAGUUUCCUUCGAUGCGGCCUUUUGCCCUCCACCGCCAUCCACCUGCUGCUCGGCCCUCUCGUCCAGACCCAGCAGGAACAGAAACUCUUCAUGGAGCUUCUGGAGAAGCUGGGCGUCUGCUACUGUGUCAACAAGCCCCGCGGCAAGCCCCCACAUGGCGCUGCGGUGCUGUGGUACAAGUUCCCCAUCUACGCUGGCAGCGAGGAGACAGAACCAGACCCGAGUUCCCUUCCUCCAUGCCCGCUAAUGUCGGCGGAGCAGCUGCAGAUCCAGUACAGCUUCCCCUUCCUGUUCCCACCCGGACUCUUUGCUCGCUUUAGCGUGCGCAUCAACAGCCACGUGGCUCAGAGGUCCGACGGCCCGAACCGCAUCCUGGCAUACCGAGGCAAAGUCCCGGUGGUGAUCAGCCACCGUCCGUCUGCGGGGAGGCUGCAGGCCGACACCUUGUCCAUCGCCAGCCACGCGUCGCUGCCAAACAUCUGGACGGCGUGGCAGGCCGUCACGCCGCUGCUGCACGAGCUCAACGCGCUGCUGCGGGAAUGGCCCGGCCUGCACUACGCCGUCCACAUCCUGUGCUCCAAGUGCCUCCGCAGGGGGUCCAGCAGCCCGCACACCUUCCCAGGUGAGCUGCUGGGUCAGCAGCGGCCUGACGGACUGACUGAACUCGUCUGUCCAAAGAACGGUUCCGAGAGGGUCAACGUGGCUCUGGUCUACCCGCCGACACCCACCGUGCUCAGUCCCCCCCCCAGGUGAAGAACCACGCCCAUGUCCGGGUUGUCGCGCUUCAACGUCCCACACGUUGCUUCUAGACUCUUCUGUGGACCUUGACACGCCCCAUCAGGAUGAACGGGCCGGGCCGGCGUUUGUUCUGACGUGUCCCAGCAUGCAAAGUUGAAUUUAUUCUUCAGCUUCCGUCAUCACCUCGCUGCCCAAAAAGCUGUGACCCCAGGCCACCGAGGUCGUGACUUCUCAUGGAAAUAAAAGCUUUAUUUUUCUACCCUGGAGGUGCUGGGAGCGCACGAGGAGCGUGCAUGUGAAACACCCCACUCAGCGUUUGUGCUUCUUGACACCCUCCACCGUGCUGGCCACCUGGCGUCUCAUAGAACGCGCAGGACGGGCAGCAUAGACCAGGGGGGUACGGAUGGACCGUACCCGUACCGGCCAACCACCGAUGCCGUGGAGUCAGUCGCUCCUGGACAAGACGCCGAGGUGCGGCCCACGCCACAUCGUCAGCACUUCCACAGGACACCCCCACUGGAAACAUCAGCAGUCAUCUGGCAAGAAUCAAGUCCAAACGUUCAUGGAAGAAAGUUGGAAUCAAACGGGAAAAAGGAACGGUUUUCCAAGAAUAACAUGACAGCAGCAGUGGCACCAUCACGAGCAGAACCACCUUCGAGUGUUUAAACCACCUCACCACCGCUUGUUGGGACAACAAUGCUGCCUAAAGGGUACAGUGUUUUGAGGAUAAAGUCUUCAUACAAUGGGAAUAAAGUGAUCAUAUUAUGGGAAUAAAGUCAUCAUUAUGAGAUGAAAGUUGAAAUAGUUGGGAAAUAAAAAACAUCAGAAAUGAAAAGAAACAGCUGGAGCUUUCCAAAAAUAAAGUUGAACUGUUGAAGAAAAAGUGUCAGGAAUAAAGCAGUAAGAAUAACAUGAUUUUAGCAGCAUGGCUAUGCUAUGCUACAGUACGCUACACCACAGUACACUAAAGUACAGUACACUACACUACGCUACAGUACACUACACUACAGUACGGUACAGUACACUACGGUACGGUACGGUUUGUCAUGCAUGGCAGCUGGCAUCAAGGAGCGUCUGCACUCGUCAACAUGUCCAAAAAAGGAGUCAUUCGUGGAAAAUUAAGUUGAAACAAGGAAAUAAAGUCAUAAUAUUACGAGAUGAACAUUUACAAAGAAUAUUUCAGAAAAAGCAAAGAGAGGGUGAUAUCAGUAAUAGUCUUUUACACUUAGAGGCCAAAGCUGGGAUGAAGUGUAUAUAAGUUGUUAGCGUAUCUACACGUGUUGCUUCCAAAAUGCCCUCGGAAAUGGAAUGAAGCUGAGCUGGGCCUCGGAACAGGUAGCAAGUGGAACUUCCGUCCUCCUGGCCACCAGGGUGCGCUGACACUUCAAGAGGCGGACAAGACGCGAGCUGUGACUCCACCUCUUCCUUUUCCUUCCGCGGCCUCACAGGUAGGAGCAGUUUGCUGCUAGCCGACUACACAAUCUGCUGUAAAUCUUCGCUAUAUCUUUGCCAUCC